GCGUCUCCUGAGGGUGGGGCGUACGGCGUCCCGACCUCCUCCGCCCUCGCCCCCGUCCCCGUCCCCGGCGCCUUCCCAGGCGCGCCCUUCAUUCUCCCGUCGUGCGACGUCCCUCUCGGCCCUCCGGGCGCCUUCGGCCCUCCCACCGCCUUUGGCCCUCCGGGCGCCUUCGGCCCUCCCGGCAUGUUCGUCCCGCCGGGCGUCUUUGGCCCUCCCGGCCCCCCGAGCAAAGCGUUCUGGGCUGCAAUUGCCGGCUCUGCAAGUGCGGACGUGGUCUUCCUCCCGCCGCGGGCGGGCCGCUGCCAAGCUGGACAAACGCGCCGCGACAAGCCCAUCACGGCGUGCGUGCGUGGCCCGCGCCCGCGCCCGCGCGCCGCCCCGCCGCCGCCAAGCGCCAAGCGCGCUCCAGGUGGCGAUCGCGCACAGUAA